GGGGUCUCCCGCAGACGGCCCAGGAAACGCGCCCCCCCUCCCAGACCGGCCCAAUGAACAUGUCAGUGCUGACUUUGCAAGAAUACGAAUUCGAGAAGCAGUUCAACGAGAACGAAGCGAUUCAAUGGAUGCAGGAGAACUGGAAGAAAUCUUUCCUGUUUUCUGCUCUGUAUGCUGCCUUUAUAUUUGGUGGUCGGCAUGUAAUGAAUAAGAGGGCAAAAUUUGAACUGAGGAAACCACUAGUGCUCUGGUCUCUGAGUCUUGCACUCUUCAGUAUAUUCGGUGCUGUUCGAACGGGUGCUUAUAUGCUAUACAUUUUGAUGACCAAAGGGCUAAAAACAUCAGUUUGUGACCAGAGUUUUUACAAUGGACCUGUCAGCAAAUUCUGGGCGUAUGCGUUUGUUCUAAGCAAAGCACCAGAACUAGGUGAUACAAUAUUUAUUAUUCUUAGGAAACAGAAGCUCAUUUUCCUCCAUUGGUACCAUCACAUUACUGUACUACUUUAUUCUUGGUACUCUUACAAGGACAUGGUGGCCGGUGGCGGCUGGUUUAUGACCAUGAACUACGGAGUCCAUGCCAUCAUGUACACUUACUAUGCCUUGCGAGCUGCCGGCUUCAGAGUGUCCCGCAAGUUUGCCAUGCUUAUCACUUUGUCGCAGAUCACCCAGAUGUUCAUGGGCUGCAUCAUCAACUACCUGGUCUUUGCCUGGAUGCAACAGGGCCAGUGCCCUUCGCACGUCUCCAAUGUCAUGUGGUGUUCUCUCAUGUACCUCAGCUACUUUGUGCUGUUCUGCCAUUUCUUCUUCGACGCCUACAUUGGCAAAACCAGAAAAGCAAGGAAGGCCGAGUAAAACCUAGGAGCGAGACGGAAGCCGCAGCUCAGGUCACCC